GAACCCACAUUUAAGGCUUAGCUCGAAGGCAGAAAAUAAGUUCGAAAUUGUUCAGUUUGUCCAAGUCACGUAAGUCCAAAUUGAUAUGGUUGCUGCGGCCUGGCAUGGUAGCUGGAAAAAUCGCCGACGUAGUGAACCGCAGUCGGUGCAUGUGCAUGUGCAUGUGCACGGAACUCUGUGCACCCGUAUUCACACAAAUGUAUCACCUGUUUGUUCCUAUGGAAGCUGGAAGAUCCGGCGGGUUCCGACUUUUAUACUACCUGCAAUAGAAAGACGACUUUUAGAAAAGUUUCAGCCCGAUAGCUUUAAAACUGAGAGACGGACAAACGGACAUGGCUACAUCGACUCGUCUAGUGACGCUGAUCAAGAAUAUAUAUACUUUAUGGGGUCGGAGGAGUCUCCUUCACUGCGUUGCAAACUUCAAGGAUUCCGAGUUUCAGAGAAAUUGACUGGAGCAGGUUGCUUAGUGCUACCCGACUGAAAAUCUGUGAGGCACUAAGAACGUGAUGCAAUAGGUGAGAUUUCAUUAAAACAAAAACAUAUAAAUAUUAAUUAUGCUUAAGAAAGUUUUUUUUUGUGAAGGAGAUGAAAACAAUAUUGUCAGUGCCUCGACUACCAGAUACCCGUUACUCAGCUUAAGGGAACAAAAGGGAGCUGGAGAUAUAAAAGCAGCAAAGCGAGAUUCUAAAACGCCACCUACCAGCUAUUUCAAAAUAUGGUAAUCUGGGCGGCAGAUUUAAGCAUUUAACCGUUUGUGGGCGUUAAGUGGGCGGGGCAAAACUAUUUUUCGGUCAAAUGAUAGGUUUUAACAACACUUUUACAUUUCAGUUAACAAUUUUUUCUGGCAUAAAAACUUUAGGCUGUUUGUGGUAUUGGGACCCUGCUGAACAAAACUCGCCCUGCGCAUGAAGUAUGAAGGAAUCUUCAUGCCAAGUCCCAAAUGUCUAGCUUUUGUAGUUUCCGAGAUGUUAACGAUUAUAAAGACGGUCAUGGCUAGAUCGACUGGCUAGUGAUCGAGAUUAUAAGAAUUUUUUCCUCGUUUACAGUGAUCUUGUCAUGGUGUGGGGUCUGAGUUCGCAUUUUUUUUACCUUGCGGAGGGUAUAGUCAGUCAGAAGUUUGCAACGUCUCAAGGAGACGUUUCCGUCUCCAUAAAACUUAUAUAUUCUUGAUCAGCAUCACAAGGCGAGUCGAUCCAGCCCUUAGCAUCAAUGGACUUUUCUUAACCCAUUCAGUACUUAUUGAAAAUUCCGAAUUUGUGUGAAAAUUUACUUUUUAAACUUAUUUCCUUUUUUAAUUCAAA